AGAGUAGAGAAGAGAAGAUGGAAAAGAGCAAGGUUCUUGUAGUGGGUGGAACAGGCUACAUCGGAAGGAGGAUGGUGAAGGCAAGCUUGGCCCAAGGCCAUCCCACCUUCGUCCUUCAACGCCCCGAAAUCGGUCUGGACAUCGAGAAACUGCAGAUGCUGCUGUCCUUCAAGGCCAAAGGGGCUACCCUUGUGGAGGGCUCCUUUGCAGAUCAUAAGAGUCUGGUGGAAGCAGUGAAGAAAGUAGAUGUGGUGAUCUGCACCAUGUCUGGGGUUCAUUUCAGGUCUCACAACAUUUUGUUGCAGCUCAAACUUGUUGAGGCCAUCAAAGAAGCUGGAAACAUUAAGCGAUUCUUGCCUUCAGAGUUUGGAAUGGACCCAGCAAGGAUGGGAGAUGCACUUGAACCAGGAAGAGUAACAUUUGAUGAGAAGAUGAUUGUGAGGAAGGCCAUAGAAGAAGCCAACAUCCCCCACACUUACGUGUCUGCCAACUGCUUUGCAGGCUACUUUGUUCCGAACCUCUGUCAGAUGACCGUCCUCACCCCUCCAAAGGAAAAGGUUUGUCUAUAUGGAGAUGGCAAUGUCAAAGCGGUUUUCGUGGAUGAAUAUGAUAUCGCAACAUACACAAUCAAAACAAUUGAUGAUCCUCGUACAUUGAACAAGACAGUUUACAUUAGGCCACCGGAAAACAUUCUCUCCCAGAGGCAAAUAGUUGAGACAUGGGAAAAGCUCACGGGGAAGAAACUAGACAAGUUUAGCAUCUCUAAAGAAGACUUUCUAGCCUCCAUGGAAGGUAAGGACUUUACCUUCCAAGUUGGGGUAGGACAUUUCUAUCACAUUUACUACGAGGGUUGCUUAACAAACUUUGAGAUCGGAGACGAGGGAGAAGAAGCUGCAACGCUCUAUCCGGAGGUCAAUUACAAGCGAAUGGAUGAAUACCUGAAGCUUUAUGUAUAA